AUGGAGUCCAAUGUCGACUAUAAUAAUGCGUACGAAAGAUCACUUAUAUCUGCAUGUGAUUGUGGUCAGUUAGAAGUAGUUAAACAGAUGAUUAAAGGUGGAGCUGAUGUUAAUAUGCAAGAUGGGGGUAAAACGCCGCUUAUAGUUGCAUGCUUUAAAGAACAUUUACAUGUAGUUAAGGAAUUGAUUAAAGCAGGGGCAGAUGUCAAUCUAAGAAAUGAAUUUAUUUCACCACUGCAAGUAGCCUGUUAUGAAGGACAUUUGAGUAUAGUCAAAGAGUUGACUAAAGCGGGAUUAAUAAAUGUUAAUAAAGGGCUAAUUGGUGCAUGCUUUUUUGGACAUUUCAGUGUAGUUAAGGAGUUGACUGCAUGUCAUGUUGAGGUCAACCUAAAACAUGAAAAAGAAACACCGCUAACAACCGCAAUUAUUAUGGGACAUUUAAACAUUUUCAAAGAGUUGAUAAAAGCGGGAGCUGAUAUUAAAUUAACUGGAAGUAGAACACCACUGACAUGUGCAUGCUAUCGUGGACUUAUCCAUAUAGUGAGGGAAUUGAUAAAAGCGGGAGCCGAUGUCAAUCACAGCGAUGAAAAAGGAACACCGCUAACAACUGCAUGUGAGGGAGGACACGGUGAUGUGGUCUUUGACCUAAUAAAGGCGGGAUCUGAUGUUAACCAAAGCGAUGGAAACAGCACACCACUAACGAUUGCAUGUGAAAGAGGACAUGGUGAUUUGGUCAAGAGGCUAAUAAAAGCGGGAGCUGAUGUCAAUCAAAGCGAUGGAAACAAAAUACCACUUAUAACUGCAUGUGAAAGAAGACACAGUGGGGUGGUUAUGGACCUGAUAAGGGCGGGAGCUGAUGUCAAUCAAAGCAAUGGAAACAAAACACCACUAGCAAUUGUAUGUGAAAAUGGACAUGAUUAUGUGAUCGAGGAGCUAAUAAAAGCGGGAGCUGAUGUCAAUCAAAACGAUGGAAACAAAACACCACUAACAAUUGCAUGUGAAAGAGGACACGAUUAUGUGAUCAAGGAGCUAAUAAAAGUGGGAGCUGAUGUCAAUCAAAACGAUGGAAACAAAACACCACUAACAAUUGCAUGUGAAAGAGGACACGAUUAUGUGAUCAAGGAGCUAAUAAAAGUGGGAGCUGAUGUCAAUCAAAACGAUGGAAACAAAACACCACUUACGACUGCGUGUGAAAGAGGACACAGUUGUGUGGUCGGGGAGCUAAUAAAAGCGGGAGCUGAUGUCAAUCAAAACGAUGGAAACAAAACACCACUAACGACUGCGUGUGAAAGAGGACACGAUCGUGUGGUCGAGGAGCUAAUAGAAGCGGGAGCCGAUGUCAAUCAAAACGAUGGAAACAAAACACCACUUACAACUGCAUGUGAAAGAGGACACGAUCGUGUGGUCGGGGAGCUAAUAAAAGCGGGAGCUGAUGUCAAUCAAAACGAUGGAAAAAAAACACCACUUACAACUGCAUGCGAAAGAGGACACGAAUUUGUGGUUUGGACACUUAUAAAUGCGGGAGCUGAUGUCAAUCAAAGCGAUGGAAACAAAACACCAAACACAGCUGCAUGCGAAAGCGGUUCUUACUUUGUCAUGAACUAUUUGACAUUGGCUAAGGCUGCUGUCAAUCAAAGCGAUGGAAAAGGAACACCACUAACGACCGCAUAUUAUGAGAAAUGUAUUUUUUUUUAUUUAAUCAUCCUUUCAAGAAAGCUGGAGCAGUUGUUAAUCGAUGUAAUGGAAUUGAAUCAGCGCGGGUAA